AAAAGCUCACGAGAGUGUGUUUGUGUGCCGAGGAGUUGACAGUUUUCUUAUCAACACGGAGAGAAUUUCCAAUUUAUUUAUAUCCUCGCUAUGAAAACAGCGUAAUUCAGCAUUCGACUCAUCAUUAGUGAACCAGCACUUGUGCCGAAAGCAGUCUUGUGUGAAAUCUCUGUGGAUUUUGUGGAAAAUUGUGUGAAAACAUGGUGCUUUCUCAGUCAAUGUUCAGGCUCUGCCGGCUGGCCGUAAACUCUCCGGGAAGGGCAUUCUUAGCCAAGACCUCAUCACCGGCUGUUUCCCGGUGUUUCAGCUUACAGACCGUCUGCCAUGCAGAGAGACGAUACACGGACAAGCACGAAUGGGUUUCGGUUGAAGGCUCCGUGGGCACCGUGGGCAUCUCACAUUACGCCCAAGAGGCGCUGGGAGACGUAGUUUAUGCCCAACUGCCGGACGUGGGCACAAACCUGAGCCAGAAGGACGAGUGCGGAGCGCUGGAGAGCGUGAAGGCCGCUAGCGAGCUGUACUCGCCGGUGUCCGGAAAGGUGACGGAGAAGAACACCGCCGUGGAGGAGACGCCCAGCCUCAUCAACACGUCCUGCUAUGACAAGGGAUGGCUAUUCCGAGUGGAGCUGAGCAAGCCCGAGGAGGUGGCUGCGCUCAUGGACGAGAAACAGUAUGAGGAGUUCCUGAAGAGCGACGACCACUGAAGCUUCUCCGGAUGAUAACGCUCCAUCUGGGCAUCAGUAGCUCGUGCACCAAAGCUUAUCACCCUCCGCGCGGGGCGAAAUGAGUUCAAACAAAACUGAUAUGCCGCAAUUUUUUGACUACUUAGUUAUAUAACGAAUUCUCGGUUGUAUUAAAAUCCACAAACAGAGA